AUCGCGUGCGAUCUUUUUUUUUUCUUUUUUUUUGUUGACUUGGCAAUGUUCGUUUCUAGCAUCGCCGAACAUGGUCGGUGGGAAGUUGGGUCUACGAAUGACCACCCUGCACGAGGAGACGUCGAACGCUGGGAAUCAGUUGUCAACGCCUAUACCCGACGAGGACGAAGAGAAGAGCGAUGCUGAUUACUCGGAAUACGAUUCGUAUCAGGCACCGGCGAAACCAGUAAAACCGCUAACUUCUUCACGCACACUGGAUUCUCUCGUCGAACUUCAAUCGACGAAGAUCAACACGCCAAGCAUGAGCAGCAGUGGCUACGGUUCCCAAGCGGUGUCCACGACCAAUCUCACGUCCGAGGACUCGAUCUCCGUCAAGUCGAUCAGCGUGGACGAGACGCCGGACUUGGAGUACCGGAAUCUGCUGGACAGCAGGAAACCAGAACGGAUGGACAGCUCGCUGGUCGAGGAGACGCCGGAGGAGUACAUGGGCGAGGUGACGAACGCGUUGAGCAACUUGAACGUGAUGGAGAACACUUGCGGCGAGGAGCGUGCCAGGAAGAACUUGGAGGAAACGGGCGCCUACAUGGACGCGGACAUCGACAGCCCAGUCUCCUCGACGAAGAGCGACAGCGACGCGAAUACCAACGUGUCCGGACGCACGAGCUCCAUCCAGAAGAAGGACGUACCGAGCCAGAUUCUGAGCAACAGAAGGAAAAGCGACAUGGAGAUCAGCCAAACGUCGAACUCUGGGGAGGACAGCCCGCUGGAGGGUAGCUCGGUCGUGCACACGAAGCUACCACCUGGCAAGGUGGUGCGACGAAGGAAAGCGUCCGCCAGCGCUGGAAGGCCUACGAGUUCUCAGCACAGGGCCUCGUUCCCCAUGGUCCGUCCACAACUGUCGGAGAGCAAGGUCGCAGCGCGGCUCGAACAAUCGAUGCAGUCCAACAUUCCGUACGAGAACGGUGACAACAGCUCCUCCGAACGAAUCGACGAUGACGUGAGCGACAAGAGUUCUGCGUUCGGCUCGAGACACGACUUGAGCAGAGUCGAGACUCCUCUCCCAGAUUGGGUCAUAGUGGGCGAAUCGGUGUUGGUUCGCCCGUACAGCUACUCUGGUGUCAUAGCGUACGUCGGCCCAACGGAGUUUGCGUCUGGGACGUGGAUAGGAGUCGAGCUUGACGCCCCGACUGGUAAAAACGAUGGUGCUGUGAAUGGCCAUAGGUACUUCACGUGUCGACCGAAAUGCGGGAUCUUCGUCAAGGUGGACAAACUGAUUCAAGACAAACGUGGCCGAGCACUUAGAAACUACACUGUCUCUGCCCCUGCACCUGCACCGAUGCGUCGAAGCGUCAGCAGAGGUGAGGGACUACAUUCCUUGCACCGAAGUCGGAGUCGAGGGGAGGGCCUUUCAACGACAGGCACGCGAUCCUCUACGCGGGGCAAGUAAAAAAAGAAAAAAAGAAAAAACAAACGGACCGCGACACCGCUUCACCAGUAACUUCGUUUUACUAAUAAGCCACUAAAUAAUCCUAAUUGCUACAUGCCUAUGAAUAUGUGUAGCAGCAGUGUUUCAGUCCCUUAGACGUGUUAGGGCAGCUAUGGAUUAAUUAAUUAAUACUUACGAAUAUUACUUGAAAUAUUAGGUCGUUAAUGUGUAUCACACAAAGCAUGGAAACCGUUUUUUCCUCGAAACGAUUUCUUUUCUCUCUUUUUCUUUUCUCUUUUCCGGUCUUUUUCUUUUUUUUCAUUUUCAUUCUCAUUUUCUCGAGCUCACCCAGAGGCUUCUGUUCUGGGAGCAUAAUUUAAGGGUAUAUCUACAACUACUUCUCGUAUUUUCAGUAGUGUAGCGAGAACAAAAGAGAGAGAGAGAGAGAAUAUAGCGCGAAAGAGAGGGAGAGAAAGAGCGUGAGAGAAUGAGGAAAAAAAAAAACAAAAUGCGUGCGCGCAAGAAAUAUUCGAUGUGCAAAGUUUCGAUUUUGCGUAUCGAAAGUCAGAAAGAUGUUCAAUCAAAUAUACUUAUGUAUGUAAAUAUAUAUAUAUAUAUAUUUAUAUAUAUAUAUAUAUAAAACUUGUAAGCAUUCCACAAAAAUGUUUUAAUUUCAACGACUGAGAUGACGACAAGCCAUUUACCUUUUACGUAAGAGGAAGCAUCGAGUUUAGUUCGCGUAUAUAAUUAAUUGUACAUUUUUUAACGCUAAUCGAAGAAGGAGGGGGAAAACAGAGUCACUUAUUUUGAUUGAUGCGGUGAAAAAAAGGAAAAAAGAAUCGAGUCGCGUUUUAAUCAACCAAUAUUCCAUAAUUUCUAAUAAGCGUCGAUUGCAUUUAAAGGGGAAAUAAACAAGAAAAAAGGAAAAAGAACAAAAAAAAAAAAAAAGAAUAGACUAAGUAUCGGCACGAAUAUUAAUUAAUAUUACAUUAUGUACAAUAACCCGUAUAUGGAUUAAAAUAAAAGGGAGAAGUGACAAUUUGGCAAUGCUAUGAAAAUUGCCAAUUGAGAUAUAUAUAUAUAUAUAUAUAUAUAUAUAAAAAGAAGAGAUGAUACUCUCCAAAAUUGCCAGAACGGUAAUUUUGAAACAAACGGAGGAGUACGCCAACAGAGACGAAUGAAUGACAACAGGACGGCCAAAAACUAAAAAUAAUUAUAAAAAGUAAUGAUUUCUUUCUCGAGAGACACACACAUACACCCACAUACACACACACACACACACACACGAAUUUACCGCGUUGCAUAGAUUAUUUAAAGAUUUUUAUAUAUAUACAAUUGUUUCAUACAUAUAUAUAUAUAUAUUGUAUUUUUUUAGCGCAAUCUGUUAAGUUCCUUUUUAUUGUAACAUAUAUUGAAUGAUUAUUGUCCUCUGUCCGGCAUUACGUCGUUAACGCGAACAUGACACGCAAUUAAUUUAUACACGGAUGCAGAAGUGCAUGGAGGAACCACUGUGCUCUGCGUGUUGCAUGCGACGAUGGCGAUGAUAAGAAAUAUAUUCAACACUGAUCGUUUUGUUCUCUGUCCAACAUCGGGAAAUAUUCUUAUUUCUUUUUCGAUUGACUGACUAUGAUCGUGAAUGUUGAGAAGAUAUAUACACACGAAGGAAGAUCAAGUAUCGACUCGAGGUAAUUUCCAUCGCGUCUACUUAAUUAAGCGAAAUUAUCUCGUCGACGAUCAAAUUCUAAAAAGAAGAAAAAAAAAGAAAAAAAGAGAAAUUUCAUUGCCAAUGUUUUUUUAUUCGGAAGAUAGCCGACUCGCUGGCCAGUGUGUGUCUCCUCUUCUGCGUGCAACACGAUCACACAAUAGGAUCGCAAUACUAGAUUCGUAAGAUUUUAGAAUAGUAGAUGAAAUCGAAUUACAAAGGGACACACCGAGAGCUUGCUUGAAACUGUUGAUCUUGAAUUUGUUUGCGUACGACUGCGUUGAGAUCCGACGAAUUCUUUUCUUUUCUUUUUUUUUUCUUUUUCUUUUUUUCUCUUCUUUUCUCCGUUUCUUUCUUUCUCCGUGCUUUGUCUCGUUGCACGUGACUCGUCAAAGUUCUUGGCUGGAAUUUUUCACCGCAAGACACAUAACUCUUAAUAUAUUUGAUACAUUUUUGCUCAGUACGACGCGAUACGACGAUACUGAUGAUUUCUCGUUCGACAAUGAAUGAGUCCCACGAUGCUUAAGUAAAUAAAUCACAAAGAAGAAAGAAAGAAAAAAAAAAAAGGAGGAGGAAGAUAACGAGGGUGUGAAAGGGGUGUAACUUGACGAUGAAAUGGUCGCGUGUAAGUGGAAAGAAAUCAAACGAAGGUGUACCGCGUAUUUUUUUUAAUUUACCUAGUAAAUCGUGUGGAGUAUAUAAGAAACAAAACGGUACGAAAAAACGAAAAGAAAGGGAGAAAGAAUAAAUGAUUAAAAAAAGAAAAAAUAUAAAAUAAAGUGUAACGAAUGAGCGAAGGUGUUAAAAGAAGCUUAAGGUGUAAUCGUGAAGGAACGAAAGAGAAAAAGAAAGAGGAGCUAAUGAUUCGCCUAAAUUGUGAACAACAUCAACCAAACAAGCCGCAACAAGAACAACAACUUCUGUCCAAUUAGAACAAUACUAAACGCUAUCAAUAAUGAACAUAUAUAUUACUGUAUGUAAUAUUUAUUGAAUAUAAAUAAUAAAAACACGCCUGCGACGCGACGUUUUUCCGUGAUUUCACGUAAUUUAACCGAGAAAAAAAAAAAAAAAAAAAAAACAAGAGACUUCUGGUUAGCUAAAAAAAAACGCUAAAGCAGAAAAAAGAAACAAAUGAAAGCGCGUAUUUUACACGAAAAGGGGAAACGCCGCGGGCGAAAGGUAUAUAUCUCUGUCCAUUUUUUGGUAAUUCAGGAUUAUUAAUGAUGAAAGAAAAUUUAAGACUCACAAGUGUCACAGUGAGAUGCUACAUGCCUACCUGGCGGAUACACGAAGUCGACGAAAGUUUUUCUUUUUUUUUUUAAUUAUUAUUAUUUUUCCCCGAGAGUAUUAAUAAAUUCCGUUUUUUCUUUUUUCUUUCUUUCUUUUUUUUUUCGGAUAAUCUCGGUUCGUUCAGUUUCACGCAAUUGUAAAAUAUAUUGACAAAUAUAUUCUCCGACGACUAAUUUCAAUGUAACAAUGUUUGAAAUUGUACAUACAUGGAUUACUUUUGUUUCUUCCGUGUCGUUUUUCUUUUUUCUUUUUUCUUUUUUUUUUCUGUUUCUAACUCGUCCCAAAGAUCGUUCUGAAGAUCUUGCAGUGGAGCAUCUAGCAUCGACGGAGCUUACGCAGCCUAUUCCAUCCCGACGAUAAGACAAUGUCCAUUUUUUAUCGUUAUUAAUUAUCUAAUACGAUGAUGAUAAUCGUUCAACAACUAUACUUUAUACCCUAUACGGAGAGAUUCUAGAAUAAUAUUUUCGACCAAUCGGUUUUACCACAAACGUCUCUUACGAAGACUUCCGAGUUUAACAUUACCCAUCCUUCCUCCCCCUCUUUGUCCGUGAGAGCGAAGCUGCUGCAGCCACAGACAAGAACAUACCACACAGAACAUACACACGGUCUAAGUUCCAAACGAGAAAAAAAAGAAAAAAAAAAAAAAAAAAAAAAAAAAAAGGAAUGGGGGGAGGGAAAGAGAAGGAACGAAGAGAGAAGGGGAAGACAAAAGUGAGAAAGAAAAACACGUGGAAACAAAGGGUCGCACGGGUCCAUUUUUUCGAGAGUAUUAAAGAGGAAAAAAGAAAAAGAAAAAAAAUAAAUAAAUAAAAAAUAAAACGCUCCGUAAAUCUAAUCGAUUCUCCUAUUUAUCUACGAAAAGGCUGUGAGACUAAUCUUUUGCCGUUUUACGCUGCUCCCUCGUUUUUCUACCCGCUGCACCGGUACCAUUUUACGCGUCCAUCGAUUCCCCCAGCUAUUCCGCCACUUUUGGCUGGACUUUUCGCAGAAAUUGCAACGUUCGCUCUGACACACACACACAUAUACAUACACAUACAUACACACACACGUGCUUCAGGAAGAGAAAAGGGAAAUGAAACGAUCACGAUUACCAUUAUUUAUGGGAAGUUUGUUUGGGAGAAAAAAAAAAAAAAAAUGGGAAGAUUGCAAUUUCACAAGUUUUUCGAACUGGGAUUUUAUCAUUUCACGAAUACUUUCAUCAUCUUUCUUCAUUAAAUCUUGGAUCGUUUUUUUUUUUUUUUUUUCAAAUCUCUUUGUCGGACACUUUUUGAAUCUAGCCGAAGUGUGAAAGUUCUACGCAUUCUUCGAACUUUGAAAAACACUUCCGAGCGUCUGUCUAUCGAUCCACCGAUGAAAUCGAGAGUUUAAAAAAAAAAAAAAGAAAAAAAAGAACAGAAGAAGAGAAAGAAACCUUGCUCGUGGUUUCGACGAAGGAAAACUUCCCUACAAGAAAACACCGCUGUCCGCAGAGCCUGCAUCCCCCCCUCGCCCUCUCCCCUCCCCCCGCACUCACAGUGUCGUCAAUUAAAUAAUACGCGGAAGCGCGAGCAUGUUAAUAUUGAAUUCGGAACUCUUCUGAACGCUUGACGGUGAGAGACUGUUCGAACGAUCAUCGCUAAAUAAAAGAAAAGAAAUAAUAAGAAUCCACACGUAUGUAUAUGUAAUAACGAUAAGCGAGUCGAGAUUGGUGUUAUAUUUUAAUAUAAUGUGUAAAAAAGAGAGAGAGAGAGAGAGAGAGAGAGAGCGAGAGCGAGCGAGAGAGAGAGAGAGAGAGAGAGAAAGAGAGAGGAUAUGCGCGCAAGCAAGGAGAAAAAAAAAAAAAAAAAAAAAAAAAAAAGAAAAAAGAUGUACCAUCGGACACAACACACACAGAGAUCGGUAUUUUAGACGUUUAUCGACACAGUAUAUUGUAAGAAAAAUAUUGUAGCUACGAUGUGCACCAGCUUCAAGGGAACUCCAGACAACCCUCUCCACCCACCACCCAUCGACCCCCCCCCCCCCCUCGAGCUAGCGAUGCCGAAGCCGACACUUGUACAUUUGCUGAAUCGAACUUGGUGCGACCAAAUAGAAUCGUCGACAGUGCAACUUUUUCGUUCAUUGUACCUUCUCGAGUCCCCGAUCGAAUCGGAACGACUGGCAUUCCGUUCUAACUUGCUCGACGCAGGGUGGCAACGUUGCUUCGGGCUUGUCAACGAGACGUUUGAAUCGAAUGGGGAAAUUUUACUUAACAGUAAAACAGAUUUUAAUAGUUAAAUAGUAAAACAGAUCAGAUGAAUAUUAACCUGUUGCAAUACUUUCCCUAGAAAUGCCAACGUCAGCCUAUAAACAUUUUCCCAAAAUUAUAAAUAUUUUCUCAGUUUUCGGUGAUAGUCAAGUGAAGACAGAGUAGGCAAAACGAAUAAUAAAUUUUACUAUCUUUCGAUCGCUUCUAUCCAUCCAGGCGAUAUCGUGCCGACGAGUACGAAAGGAAAGCGACGGAAUUGUGCUUUUGGUCACUCGUUACGGUCCGCAAUUCACAGUUGGCCGGCGCGAGCGGUGUGUCGUCGACAGCGAUUUGAUUCGAUUGCCAGUGUUGAAACAUCAAUCCAACACUAUCGUCGGUGAAAUGCGUGAAAAACUCCAAAACGAGCCACCGAGAGAAUUCGAUUCAAAUCGAUCGUAGAGGAAAUAUAUUCGCGCGGAACAGGAACUCUGAAUUCGAUCGAGGAUAUAUUCACCCUCUGUAAUAGCACGUAGAACGCCACUUCGGGCGAGCAGAACGAGAGAGAAGAGGAGUUAGACGAGAAAUAGAAAGAAAAGCAUUGAAACAAAAAAAAAAUAGCAAAAAAGAAAAAAAGAAAAAAGAAAAAAAAACGAUCUAUACUAGAUUGUAAGGAAAUUCUUUGGAAAUUCUCUGUAGAUACGUAGAUAUCGCUGUGUCACUCGCUCCGGUGCUAGACGACCGGAAAUAGGAAAGCCUAUUUUUGCAUUGCGUGAUUAAAGGCAGAGAACGUGUUUAGAGUCAGUCAGUUUCCCCCUUCCUCCCCCCCCCCCCAUACACACACAUACACAAUUCUAUUCGACUUCUUGCGUAAGACUGCGUGGACGACUCGCAAGGACGAUUCGCGGGAUGUUCCGCCAUUUUGCAGGUGUGUUACGUUGUUGGUCGCGUGAUCAAAUUGUGCGAUCCCGUGUGUAUUUUCACUUUGCAUCACGGUGAUUCCGCCGUGUCUAUUUCGCAAUUCACUGGACCCUACGAUUUGCAUUUACAAAGUAGAAACAUUUCGUUCGUGCACGAUUGAAAUUGGUUUCUGCACGACAUGAGCGUAGAUUAAAAAAAAAAAAAAAAAAAAAAAUUAAAAAAAAAAAAAAAAAAAAAAAAAUUGAAUCGAAAAUAAGUUUAAUUAAUUUUACGUUAGUACGUAUUGUGAUGCUUCGUUGUUGCUUGGAAAAGAGAAAUCAAAAAACUUAGAAUGAAGAAUCAAAGGGAACAUUGAAAUUCUAGUAAUGUUACGAUUAAUUUUGAGAAAAUUUUGCUUUCGUACAUUCAACUAACAAAAUAAUUUUCCCGGAAAUUUAAAUAGCAAUUGUUGCCUGACGAUAAGUGGGAUAAUGGGGGAUGCAAAAUGGCGAGGAACAUCGAGCAAUCGCCUCGAUAUUGUAACGUCGCUGUGGCCACGUUCGCGAGAACGCACACCUAAAUCGAAUCCAAAAGCCAAAGUGUGUCGGGGGAAAAAAUUUUCACGAGAAUAUAAUAACAAAAGCGACAUGAAACGAGACGAAACGAUCAAUGAAAAUUGCACGUGAAACAACGUAGAUCAACAGAAAUAUUAAUCAAUAUUAAUCAAAUAUAUACGAAGAAUUUUGUAUUUUUGGGAGAAUUAUCCAAAGAUCGUGAGAAAAAGGGGAGUUUGAACGUUCGCGAUGGGCGAACAUGGCCAGAGCGACGACUCGAAGCCUGGGGACUGUAAAAAGAAUAAAAAGUAAAAGAUAAGUCAAAGGCGCUUGGGCGACUUUUUAUUUCGCUAUAGUAGACAGAGUUUGAACACGACACGUCGUCGUCCCUCCCCCGACAGCAAACAUUCAGAGAUUCGCAUUUGAACUUUUAGACUUAUUAGCUAGCGAUCGAAUUAGCGUUCGUAUAUCUUUCUCGCGCACGCUGGUGCUACAGUGCCCUACAGUUGCACACGGAGAGAAACGCUUCAUCACCCGUGGACACGAACACGAACACGAACACGACACGACACGACAUGACACGAAAGGAUCACGGAGCCACCCGAUCGAGAGAAGGCAAAAAAGACCGAGACAAACAAAAAAAGGGGGGGGGGGGGUAACGAAGAUCGCACUCGCGUUGCGUCGACGAACCGUAUAUCGCUUGCACGGUAUAUCUGAUCGUCCAACUUGCGUUGUCGCAGUCUUUUUUCAGCCUUGUCAAGCGUUUAUUUAUCCCGACGAAAACGAAAUUUUCCCCCCGUGGUUUUUGUUUACGAAACGAAGAGGUUUCUAUUCUUCGACAAUCUUCGAUAUCUCUAUUACACACAUACACAUAUACACACAUACACAUCCGAUCGCAGGCGUACGCACUAGUGGCACGACGUGCUUAGCGGUGAGAACAGAUAAGUAAGAAAACAAAAAUAGUAUAUGAUACAUUAAGAGUAAAAGAAAGGAAGAAAAAAAAAAAAAGUAUAGCUAGAAGAUAUAUUCCACGUAAUUUUUCUCUUCGAAGUGGGUAGAAAAAAAGAAGAAGAAGCUAAUCAUAACCUUUGUUUGAUUCGAGUAGAGCAGAUUUAGGUUAGGGAAAAACACGAUGACGGUGAAUUCUCCCCCCUCAAUUUAUCGCCGAAGGCAGAAGUAUCGUUCUGCUUUUCUUUUCCUUUUUUCGAUCUCGUAGGGCCAUAGGGAGGGCUGAAGAUGUAAAUCGAGCAUAGGAGCACCUUCAUCUCCCCUCCCAUGAUCACUCACGCACUCACACACACACA